AUUUUCCACUUUUUAUAAUCAGUCUGUUAGAAACUGUAGUAGUGGAAGGUCAUCCCAAAUUUAACACAGACAAGUGUUCUUUCUGUAACAGUUUAUUAAAACAUGUCAUUGUUUAAACCGUCAGGUCGCAGGCGACUGAAAGACAACUCAAAUUUUACCCCCGUGAACAAAAAACUUAACUUUAAUUUGGACGAUUCAGAUCUAGAGGUCCUAAAAACACGUGAUACGGGAUCACUUCUAGAUCAUCCACAGUUUGAUAUGGAGCUGGAUGAAUUUCAACUAGAAGAAUCUGAAAAUUUCUCUCCUUGUCGAACACGAUCUGGGUGUGUCUAUGAGUCUGGUAGGAAGAAACGCAAAUUUAGAACAUUCUCUAAAUCGACGAAAAAAUCCUUGGAUGGCCGAACUCGAAGCUCUUCGGGUCAGAGUGGAACUGGAUCUGUCGCCGAUUGUUCUGAGAACGGGUCAGAAAACAGUGAUGACAAUAUUGGUGAAAGUGAACACUGUGAUAGGCUGGACUUUUUCGGGGGCCCUGACCCCCGGUCCCCCCCUCCUCUCAACUAUGUCAAAAACCCAGUCUCAAGGUUUUCUUUUCCCCGCGAGAGAAAACACCGUCAUGAUAUUCCGUCUUCUCCGAUCUCUCAUCAUCAAACACUUGAUCAUGAUCUUUCUUCACCUGUUCAAAAGACGUGGGGAGGAUUAGAACCUGAUUCUCCCACCUUAUCCUUCUCCCCGCCGACCAACCCUAUGCGCGCAAUGCGUCUGUUCGACGUUUUAUCCUCUCCAAACACUGCGUGCGCGCUGACCUCCCCCCGGUCAACUCCAAGAGCACAUUUUAUGAAAUCAAGAUUAUUAUUUGAAGAAGAUGGAGAACAUAGACGGGCUAGUCUUCCAAAUCCUCAGAUUCUUGAAUGCGACAGCACGACGAAUUCCGGUAGAAAGAACAAAUCCGCAAAUAUUAAUCCUUUCACCCCCGCAGCUAUGCUCGCAGCAAGCAAGAAGAGAAGUCGGAGCAAGCGAUCUAUAAACUCAUCAAUGGGUUCCAGUCGUGAGGAACUGCAGGCUAGCCUGGAUAGUAUGGAGGGUAGUGAGGGAGAGGAGGAUGAGGAGGGGAUGGACAACCAUCAAGCUAAACGUGUCAGAGUUUCAGAUAUCAAUAUCACAAGGUAUACUGAAGAAUUCCUGGAAUUGUCAGAGAUCGCUAGCGGUCAGUUUGGAACUGUUAAACUCUCCAGGCAUCGUCUGGACGGAAUAGUUUAUGCAAUUAAAAUUAGCAAACAUCCACUUAGGGUGAACAGUCACGAUGAGAAGAUGGCGAUGAACGAGGUGUUCGCGCACGCGGCUCUCAUGAAGCACAAGCAUGUCGUUAGAUAUUAUAAUUCAUGGGUAGAGAAAGGACAGGUGUACAUCCAGAACGAGUACUGUGAGGGAGGAAGCCUGCAGAACCGUAUCCAGGAGUUCAAGAAUAGUGGGACCAGGUUCUCAGAGCAGGAGCUUAAGAAGAUGAUCAUGCAUGUGGCUAAGGGUUUGCAGUACAUUCAUAGUAAACAACUUGUUCAUCUGGAUAUAAAACCUGGAAAUAUAUUCAUCUCUUUAGAAUACUCAACACCCUCUCCUAAUAGAACGGCUGAACAUAGUACCGAUUCCGGAGCUGCCAGUGGUGAUCAUUCUCCGCCCCCAUGCAGGGGGGAGGUGGAGGAGUCCUCCAGCUCUCCAGGGGAGGGGGAGAAGGUUCACUACAAGAUAGGAGAUCUAGGACAUGUUGCCUGUAUACACGGUGGAGAAGUUAGUCCUGAAGAAGGAGAUUGUAGAUACAUGGCUCCAGAGUUUCUAGAAAUGGAGAUUGAGCGACGUAGAUUACCCAAAGCCGAUAUUUUCAGCCUUGGAUUAACAGUGUUCGAAGCUGCCAGUCUGAGAACGCUUCCAAGGAAUAGUCAAGAUGAUCCUGAUUAUGAGAAAUUAAAACGAGGAGAGCUCCCUUACCUUGAUCAGUAUUCAAGAGAGUUCAAUCAACUUCUCAAGAGUAUGGUUCACCCUGAUCCUGGUUCUAGACCUAGCUCUACCCGUCUCCUCGCCAACUCUUCCCUCAACCCCUCAAUGAACAAGAGUAGGUCCCAGCUCUACAAGGAGCUGAGGGAGGCCAAGGAGAAGGUUGCCCUCCUGGAGAAGAUUAUUGUAAACACACCCCGAGAUAUGGCCCAGAAUAAGGAGAAUAACGAACCUGGACGCAAGGUCGCGAAGCGCCUGAUAGGUAGAGGAACAGCCAAAUCCAACUCUUGUCUGUUAUAGACCUGUACCAAGGGAUUCAAAUACGAUCCGUCAAUUGGAAUUCUCGUGUCAAGAUUGAAGAACGCUUAUAAUCCACUUCCUCAUUGUGACAUCUGGAUUUAAAGUUGUUAAGGGUCGACUCCUGACCAAUUGUGGCGACUAAGCUGAUCCAUCCGUUCAAAAUUUGUUCAGAAGAAACUAAUCCCUUCAAACCUUCCACUCUGCACUCAGUCGAAAAAUCAAAUAAAUUUUAUGUCGUAUAAAUUAGAUAUAACGGCAUUGCCUGAUCAACGUCACUGUAGCCGGGCAGCGCCGUGAUUACAAUAACCUUAAACCGUCUUCCUCGACAUUCAUAUUUAUACUCUUCUUCUUCUAUCUCUUUCUAAUGUAUGCUGCUUCUAUCACGUUGUAAAAUAAAUUGCCUCGCCGCAGACGAAAAUUUCAAGUUUUGAUUUGUAAUCUGAACUACUGACAAUUCCAAUCCGGCGCUAAUGACUUCAAUGGAUCAACAGCAUUUUAUUCAUAUUUAUUUGUCUUUCAAAAUUAUAUAAUGUUAUGACCAAUUGUGAUUUAUUUGUAAACAUCUCGCUAUGUUUUAUUCACCUUUUUUAUAUUUGGACACCGUCGAUGGUUUAGAAAUUCUAUGGUUCACUGAGCUCCUGAAAUUAGGAUGAACUCGGGGAUUUCUGGUCCACCGACACUUGUUUUAUUAUUUAUUGAUUUGAUUAAAUAUUUGUGUAAUAA